AUGGUUCUGAAUCCGUUUCGACCGUGCGAGGGCUCGCCAACCUUUCAAGAAGAAUAUAGGGGCAGCUUCGUACCAACAGUUAUCAAAACAGGAUAUGGCCUCCAGGUUGUGGCACCGGAUACUCCAUACGUGGCAGCUGCCGGCCCAAACAAGUUAUACUUCAUCGACACCCGCUUCGAUGCCGAGACUGCAAAGCACGUGAAGGAACAAAUCGAGAAGGCAACUGUACCGAACCCGGAGGAGUAUGUCGCUAUAGACGAGAUUUCAGCUACGGCGGAAUUGAAAAACUCUUUGACCGGCGAAACGACAUUCGUGCACAACCCGGAGCUCAAACUGCCCGAGCAUGAGCCCGCCGGCGAUUGGCUAGUGACCUACGAUUUGGAAAAAACACUCACGGAGCGAUCUGAUAUGUUCUGCUACGAUUAUGGCUGUCACUCGAAUCAGGACUGCAUUCGGCAGACAUAUGGCAACUGUCGGGUUUGCCGCCGAUACAGGGUUGACAACGAGUGUGAGGAACCGAUGGUUAAUGCCAUCGGCGUGUGCCACCCACUCUGCUCGAAGGCUGUCGAUAUACCAAAGGAAGAUGGAGAGACGGACGCCAGCUACUAUGAACGGAUGGACAAGUUGCACUGGGCAUAA